UCGAAACACUUUCGCUUCAAAAUCUUUUCUUACUUUACGAACAUGAAGCCGGUUGCUAUCAUGCAGUCCACAGCCGUUCCGUACCGCAGAGUGAUUGCAAAGUUGCUGACGCAAGCGGCUCGUCGCCAACAACAUCUCGCUACUGCAUUCUCGGUUUCCAACUUCUCCAAUAGCAAAUCCGAGUCAUUCAGGAAAUUUUCCUCAGCGAAGGCGGACGUGCCUCCACGCGCAAGUAAUAGAUUUCCUCAAAAAUUUUCCUCCCGGGAGAAGUAUCAACGUCUGCUGGAAGCUCCACUUGGUUCUUUUACGAAGGAAAUGUGGACUGAUGCUCGACGAUUGAUAUAUGACACAUCGCCUCCUUCAAAGUACAGCACGGCUGCUACUCCAGUGACGGACACUCGCAGGAGCAUUCUUCUUUUAGAACGGGCGCUAAAAGAGAACGCUGUAGAUUCUCAGCCUUGGUUGUCGGAUGGAAAAGCUUUCAACAAAAUCAUCAAGCAAUGGCGAAUCUAUGCUAAUGAAAGAAGAUAUGUAUUGAGCCCGGCAGAGAUGGCACGGUUACUGGAGGAAGUUACCCGUCGUACUCCAUCUUUCCACUACACACAGUCCACUUUAAGCAUGAUUUUGGAUGUUGCAGCCCGCCAAGAGAACCCAGUGAAAGCACCAGCUGUUGCGGAAUCCAUCCUUCAGCUCAUGAUUGACGAAUCCGCCUCAAAGAGCCACAGUAUGCGACCAAAUAGGGUGAUCUGGAAUCAGGUACUGGGCGCGUGGUCAUCCUGUGGACUCCCAGAAGCACCGGAACGAAUGGAAGAUCUCCUCGGGCGAAUGAAAGGGUACGGAAUAGAGCCUGACGUAGUUUCUUACACAUUGUUGAUUAAGUAUUGGUCUCGAAGCCUAUCAACUGAGGCACCAAGCGAGAUUGAAAAGGUGAUGAAGCGCAUGGAGACAUUAGGCCUUGCUCCUAAUUUAGUAACUUGGAACAAUUUGUUGCGCUACUGGUCGCACAAUGGACAAAAGUAUGCACCGCUGGAAGCCAACGCUGUCCUUGAGCGGAUGGAGAAACAGGGGAUACAGCCCUCUGGCAUUUCAUGGAAUCAUUUGCUCGAAGGCUGGGCCUCAAGCGACCUUCCCGAAGCCCCCGAACAAAUCAAAAAGAUUUUACUGCGAAUGACGAAGGAGGGGUAUCCACCGACCACGCUCUCAUACAACGUGUUGAUUAAAGCGUACGCAAACGCAGGGGAAUUGUCCAAAGCUGAGGCUUUGUUCGAGCAAAUGAUGCGAGGAUAUGAGAACGGAAACACGUCGAUACAACCGAAUGACGCCACAUGCUUUCUAUUAUUGUCGGCUUAUUCAAAGUCAAAUAUGGCUUCCGCAGUUACUCGCGCAGAACGAUUCCUCGACGUCCUGCUCAAGGGAUCCAUCCCCAACAUCAAGGUCGCUGUCAAGCAUUUCAAUUCAGCUAUAAUGGCUUGCCUGAAACAGGGAGAAACUUCUCGCGCUGACCGUUUGCUGCAUCGCAUGGCUGACUACGGUAUUCCACUCAAUAAGAGUACAUUUACUGUAAUUUUAAUGGCGUGGUCUCGAGUAAAAAGUCCAGAGGCACCAAGGAAGGCCGAAAACAUUGUCACUUUCAUGCGCGAACAAGCAAAAAACGGAAAUCGAGCAGUGCAGCCAGAUAGCAGAGCAGUGAACUACGUUUUGCACGCAUGGGCGAGCUCCGGAGUCCCCGAAGCGCGAACUGAAAUGCUACGUGUUUUCGAUCAAUUAGAAUCCGGUGAGAUGGGCAUUAGUCCGGACUGGUCGAGUUAUGCAACUAUUGUGCAGUGCCUUUUGACGUUCAAUACAGAGGAGGCGCUGGAACGUGCCGAAACCAUCUUGUUGAACGUUCCCUCUUCUGUCCAUAUCGAAGGAGAAGGUCUUUACAAACUUUAUGUGAUGGUGAUCGAGUCUUGUCUUCAACGCGCAGAGUGCCUUCGUGCCGAAAAUCUCUUUCAACGCAUGACCAAAGCUCACGAGACCAGCACCAGCCGCCUCAAUACAAAGUGGUAUUUUUAUGUUAUUCGCGCAUUGGUAAAAGCCGGCGAACCAGAGCGUGCUUCAUCAGCGUACGAAAGAUUACAAGACCUUGAAAGGAUGGGGCUGUUGGAGGUUGGCAAGCUUCCACUCACCCCGAUAGGAUGA